AUGUUCGGCCUUUCGACAAGACAGACUCUCCUUCGCGGCACUCGUAUGCUGUCGACUUCGGCUGUGCGCAAUGACCUGGCACGCAUGCAGGUGCUUGGUCGUCUUGCUGCCGACCCCGAGAUCAAGACCACCAAGAACGGCAAGGACUACGUGCGAUACACGGUUGCCACCUCGGACCCUCCCACCGGUCCCGUCGAGGAGGGCGAGCGUCCCGAAACCACCACGUCGUACCACCGAUUCUACGUGUUCGGCGACCGCGGCGUGGACAGGAUGAAGAACAUCAAGAAGGGCUACCGCGUGCUCGUGGAUGCCGAGUUCAGGAUCGAGAGGACCCCCGCCGAGGCCGACCAGCCCGCCCGCGACACGCUCCUCGCUCUGCACCGUGGCAUCCAGGUCAUCUCGAAGCCGCGCGAGGCCACCGAGUCUGCCUAA